AUGCCCCCUAAUCCUAGCCAAAAAGGUACCGGCAAGAAAAAUGCUGGUGCUAUCGGAAAACGUAGUCGAAAUACGACACCUAUGGCUAGCCUGCCGUCCAACGCGAGCAUCCCACCUGUUGAUACUAUAGAAACCGAAUUCUUAGACCUUAGAUUAGAAUCAGUCCGUACUAUAACCUACGAUGACCUAAUUGAUACUACCACCUCGAAUGCUGUCAUCCCCGAUUCUAAGAGCCUCGAUGGCCUAAUUACGCGACUAGGAAAGCUCAAUGAAAUAGUUGAACGCCGAGGAACAUGGUGCGACAAAGGAAUGAGACUUGUCGCUGCUCAGAGAAAGACACAUUACGACGAGAUGGCUUCUGCUAGUAGAAGAGAUGAUGCGCGUAGAGAAGGUGAUGAUGAUUCUGAAAGAAGAGCAAAUAAGAAGAAGAGAAAGGGCAAUGAUAGUCUUGCCCCUGGAGAUGCGCAUACUGAACGUUCAUCUCCUCUGCGCGGCUCCAGUAAAUCGAGAAAACACUCACGAGACAACGAUUCGGCUAGCUCUUCACUUUCACCCGUCGCACCCGCAACACCCGGCGCAAUGGAGGUAGACGAGAAAGCGAAGCUCGACAACAAAGUCGAAGACGAUUCCGAUUCUGAGGAUGAAGGUGCUCCUCCCCGCCGAGAGGCUCCUCAAUUUCAAACCUUCGGCGAAGAUCCCUCGACCUUUCCAGAUCCUACGGUUUAUGAGAUCCGUCCAGCGACACCUGGAAUGAGUAUUGACGAGUUAAAGGAGCUGUAUUCUGUUGCUGUUUUCCCCAGGUCUGACCUUGCCGACAUGAUUGCGGGCGAUCCGCCCGAUAAAGACUUCAGCAGCGCCAAGCCGUCAAACCAAAUCAGCUUUAGCACCUUCUCAACCUAUGUCGAGCCGUACUUCCGUCCGUAUAUCGAAGAAGACUUAGCUUUCCUACGAGAACGUGGCGACCGACUCACACCUUUCGUCAUGCCUAAACGAGGCAAAAGACAUUAUAGUGAGAUAUGGGCAGAAGAAGACAGCGCUAUGGUAAUUGAGCCGAGUACACCAGGAAGGGAUAAGCUCGCCCCCAACCAGGCACGUGGCACUAUCGAUAAUAUGGACGACGAUGUCGCAGAGAGCGACAAGUUGUCGGUCGGUCCCGUCUUGUCACGACUGCUACAGGCUAUGCGCCCCGAAGCUCGUGUGCAACCGACCGAAGAUAAGCCGAUGACGAACGGAGUUAAUGGAGACGUCGAGAUGAAGGAAGAGACAAAUGGUGAUUCCAAUUCGGGUAUAACAGGUGAAGAGAGUAAGAGUGUACCACCAGCCACCUUUAUGACCGAAUCGUCAACCGAAGCCUGGAAGAAAGCCACGCAUCCCAAGUUAGAUUACUCGCAAGUAGACGAACGCAUCAAGCUAGAACUUCGUAAUAUCGGUUUCCUUCCACUGGAAGGGUUCGACGGUGAUUAUGAUGGGCACUAUGAUGAUGAAGUCGCCGCUCGCUUACGUCUCUUGCAAGAUCGUUUACGCGAGCAGAUGCUCAUCAAUGGUGCGCGCAAGACCCGAUUAACCGAUUUGGUUAAGGAGAGGAUGGCCCAUCAGGAAUACACCACUAUCCUUGAGGAUCUCGAUUCGCAAGUCCAGGGUGCGUAUCUUAAGCGGACGCGCACGAUGGGUAAGAGUAAGAAGGCGAAGCGACCAGGUGGUGCUGGCGGCGGUAGUCAUCCAGCUGGCGGCUCCGGGACAGGUAUGGCUCGACCAGGUAUCGGCGACGUAACUAAGACUCUGAUGGAACGCCGAAAACGAUGGAUCGACGCUGUUGGCCCGGUGUUUAGUGAUCCCGCUCUUGGCAAGGUUCCUCGUUCGUCGAAUCCCGACAGUACGAUCUUCAAACCGGAGAUGAUGGCUGAUUUCAUGAAGAAGGAGCAGCAGGCUUGGGACGAGGAGGUUGAGGAUGAAUAA